AAAGGUUAGAUCUUUGACAGGGGAGUUUCUAUUAGAUUAAUGUAAGCUACAGUAAUUUAGAUUGGUAGGUACCCAUUAUUUUCUGAAGGUGACUCUACUUGAUCUACUGUCUGAAUGCUCACAGAAAAAAGGGUGGCAGGGACAGGGACAGAGACAGGGCUCUUAAGAAAUCAUGGAUGAAUCAUAAGGAAAUCCCUUUUCCGUUUUCUAUGCCGUCUAUACGGUACACCCACAAAGCCCAACACCAUAUUUUUUAUGCAAUUCCACUUAGGACAUAUCAUCACAUGUGGGUCUCAUUAAAAGUGCAUCUUUUUCUGUCUGCAUUAACCAGACUGUUCUAUAUAAUAUCAGCCUUUGACUCUGUUAGUUACGCCAGUGGUCCAUACAUGAAGAUAGAUUGAGGGUCCUUUUGGAUUUCAGAUUCAUCUAAGCCUGAGCACCCACAUUAGAGAGUUCUGAAAUCCCCAUCCAAUGGAAGCUUACAAUGUUCGUAGACACAGUUCCAAGAGCCAAGAAGCUAGUUUGAAGUCACUCAGGUCCAGUGAUGUUGGUGUUCCUGAUGAAUGGCACAAUGGAGAUGAUACUUGCUCCCUUUUUGACAUUGAUUUUACAUUGCCUUUCUACACUGAUGACCCAUUGAAAGACAUCACCAGCCCCUGUACUGAUGAGGAUAGUGAAGAAGAAGAAUUUGAGUUUGAUAUCUCUUCCUCAAACUUGAUUCAACCAAACACAAAUCAAUCUGUUUCUCCUGCAGAUAACUUGAUCUCCAAAUGUCAGUUGCUUCCAGUCCAAGAUCCUCCAUGUGGGGACCUGGGCAGAAAGCUUGAGGUUGAAAGUGAUGAUGGUAAAGGAACUGUGCAGUGUGGUACUGUUAAUGGAAUCAAAACCCAGUUCCCCACCUUGCUGAAAAGUGCUACUAGGUUGAAGGUUACUCUGUUUGGACUGAAAAAAUCAGCCAAUGUUGGCAUGGAUUUGCAGGCUUCUUGUGCUGAAGAUGCAAGUAACAUGGAUUUUCCUGUGCACAAGCAAAACAAGUUUUUGGCUGUGAAAUUCAAGGUGGUGGAUGUUCCCCUGUUUUUCCGUUUUACUAGAGACAAUUCUACUGGCUCCAAGAGAGAUGAGAGCAGCAACGGUUUCCAGAACAAAUCAGAUUACUCAGAUGGGGAUAUUGGACACUGUAAAAGCAAUGAGAAGGAGAAGAAGAAAGUAAAGGAGAUAGUGCAGAAGUAUGUGAAGAUGAUCAAACCUUUAUAUGUGAAGAUUUCUCAGAGGUACACAGAUAAAAACAAGCAUGCAGAUCUGGAGAAGUGUGGAGUUGCCAGUAUCGCUAGAAACAGUGGAUUUUCUGGUUCGGAGAGAAGUCAUCAAAACCAGCUUUCAUUCUCUGGUAACUUGAAAACGGUAUACAAAAGUUUCUGUAAAGAGAGAAACACAUCGUCUAAUGUGGAUCUUGCAUUGCAUACCAACUAUAAUGAGAGCACCAUGCUGGAGCUGCAGAGCGCCAUUCAAGGAGCUAUUGCCCACUGCAAACAGUCCAAUUACACUGAUGGUGUCUCAACCUCUUCAGAAUCUGACUGUUCGCCUUAGUUCUUCUAACAGAUCUCUUAUAGAGGAUGUCAAGGCCAAUUUCUGAAUGUUCACUGUUAGAUGCAAAAGCAAAGUUGCAAUAGUUCUUGAAGGUUGAUGUUGGAUAUCUGCAAAAGAAAGCAGGCCAUCAAAAGCACAAAAACUGAUUUGGAGAGACACAAACUGGUAAAUUUUGUGUCCUCAGUUAUCAAAUCUGUACCUACCAGACAUCAGAAAGCCUGCAUGCCUCUAGUAGCAUUUGAAUGUACACGUUACAGCUAUUGACGAUCUACUAGUUAUCUUCCUAAGCAGAUGAAAGUUUCUGACAUGUAAGCCUUAAAUGACUGCUCCAUACACCCUUCAUAUACACUAUGCAUGUCAGAGACUGAAGAGCCCUCAUAGGGAGGAUAUACCUCAUAUUCUCAUGUGGGUAUCUGCUUAAAUUCUGUAUCUAAUCAGAGUGGUUUCUUUUUUAAUGCAAGUAAACUAAAUAAGUUAAUUCAGCUUAACCGAAUCUGAAGU